AUGGAAAAAUGUGUCUUUUGCACUCCUGAAGUUAAUUUCCUUGAAUAUAUUGUUGGUGCAAAUGGCAUAAGUGUUGAUCCCGCCAAGGUAAAAGCCAUCAUGGAGUGGCCGACUCCAACCAAUGUAUCUCAGGUAAGGUCUUUUCAUGGUCUUGCAAGUUUCUAUAGGAGAUUUGUUAAAGACUUUAGUACUAUUGCAGCACCUUUGAAUGAGAUAAUUAAAAAGAAUGUGGGGUUUCAAUGGGGAAAAGAGCAAAAAGAGUCGUUCAAUAAGCUUAAGAAUUUGUUAAUUUCAGCACCUAUUCUUGCUUUGCCUAAUUUUGAUCUGACGUUUGAAGUUGAAUGUGAUGCUAGUGGGAUCGGCAUAGGGGCUGUCUUACAUCAAAAUAAUAGGCCGUUGGCAUUUUUCAGUGAGAAGUUGAGUGGGGGAGCUCUUAAUUACCCUACUUAUGAUAAAGAAUUGGGCAGGCUUGUGAACAUGCUGCAUUUCAAAAGUUCUAUAGGCAUGAAGGCUUCUUGUUCAAAGAAAAUCGGCUAUGUAUUCCCAACUGUUCACUUAGGAAAUUACUUGUUAGAGAAGCCCAUGGCGGAGGGUUGA